GUGACAGGGAGGGAGGGAGGGACGGCCAGAUAGUGAACGCUGAGUGUUUUGGCGUUCAGGCGAAGAAUCCGGUUGGACCGGCUUGACACCGCUGGCGCUGGUGGGCUUGGAGCUCUCGGACGAGGACGGCCGUCCCGUCCCCGUUUCGGACCCCGUCCGGGUUUCUGUGCCGCUUCCGUCCGACACCCGCAACAGGAUGGCCACCAGCGUGCCCACGUGGACGUACCGGCGACGUUGGGGCGUGUGGGUGCGCAACGGCACGGGCUACAUCCAGAAGGAAGGCUCGCACUUUGUGUGGAAGGCGGUGCUUCCGCAGACGGGCUACUGGCUGGCCGCCUUCCCCACCUCCUCGGGGCUGGGACCGGGCCACCCGGGCAUGAGUGACAUCGGCACCUACCACGCCCUCUUCCUGCUGGCCGUCCUGGGCUCCUUGGCCCUGCUGGUCCUCAUCCUGCUCUGCGUUCUGCUCUACUACUGCAGGCGCAGGUGUUUGAAACCUCGUCGGCAGCUCGGCAAGCCUCUCCCGGCCAAUGGCGCCAAGCGGGACCAAGGCACAUCCACUUCUCGCCUCAAUCUCAUAUGCGGCCCUCUCGUGGAGUCGGGUCCGUCCGGCGACAGGUCGGAGCCGUCCCCCUCUCGGGACUACCGGAGCUCCGGCGAGGACCUGGCCGAGCACGCGGCCGCUCGCAAGCUGCGCCGCGCCGCGGGGAAAAGCGAAAACCUGCCCGUGAACGCCACCACCGCCGCCAGCAGCAGCAGCAGCAACAACCUGGACAACCCGCUGCUGCGUCAAGACUACGAGCGGGGCUACUCUCCCGUGGAAGGCGGCGAGUCCGACUAUCGCCGGCACCGCGGCGCCAACGACAACGGCGGCUAUUCGUCCGACCCGCCGUCUCCGCCGCCCUUCCGAGGCUACCUGCCGAGCCAACCCGACAAACCUCCGGAAUAUUCGGCGGCGCCGCCCGACGGCCUGGCCCGGCCCACCUCCCUCAACACCCACCCGGGCCAGAUCAUUUUCUGCGGCUCCAUCGACCAGAUGAAGGAGAACAUGUACCGCAGCAUGGUGCCCACCCUGGUGAUCCCCGCCCACUACAUGCGCCUGCCUUCCGGCGCGGACCCCAAGGAUGGCGACAAGGACGGCGUCACCGCCGGAGGGGCCCGACACGAGCCGCAGCAGCAGCAUCAGGGUGGCCCCCGCCGGGACGAACCCGAGGACCCCGGCUGGGCGUCGGACGCCUCCGGCGGAGCCGUGGCCAUUCCGGUGCUCUUCGACGGCUCCACCAUGGCCCAGAUGAACGGAGAGCUGCAAGCCCUGACCGAGAAGAAGCUUCUGGAACUGGGCGUCAAGCAGCACCCGCGGGCCUGGUUCAUCUCCUUGGACGGCCGCGCCAAUGCCCACGUGCGCCACUCCUACAUUGACGCCGGCGCCAACGACUUGGGCGGCGGCGGGCCCGGAAGCUCCCCGAGAGACGCCAACCUGGAGGCUCCCGAGCGCAAGUCGAAAGACCAACGCUGGGAGGCGGGACGCAAGGGACACGGCGGGGCGGGCAAAAGCUACUCCAAGCUGGCCUACCCUGACCGCCCCGCCGGCGAAGGCCGCCCCGCGUCCCCUGAGGAGAACUCGCUGACGCCGCUUCUGGACCAGGGAGCCUCCGCCGUGCCCCGGAAAGGCCGCGACGGCGACAACCGCCGCCGCUCCGGUCCCGACGAUGAGGACAAGGAGGAGAACCGCAAGAGUCCCUGGCAGAAGAUCGAGGACAGGCCGCUCAUGGUUUUCCAUCCCAGGAAGUGACAAAGGCCACAACUGCCUGCCUGCCUGCCUGCCUGCCUGCCAUCCCUCCGUCCCUCCCUUCCACUCCUUACCCCGCAGCGCCGGGCGCCAUUGGAAUCUUGGACCGGCUGCUGCUUCACAAGUAGCGUGUGCACACUUUUCCUUCUUCACUUGUGGCACACAGAAAUGUUGGAAGAACAUUGCUGGUGAGACCCGAGCGGCCGUUGUGUGGAAUGGUCUCACGCGGGAGGACAAAGCGCACAAUGGUCUUUCCGUGUCCUCGUUGGCAAGAAGCACAAGCGCGCGGCUUUCUGAAUGGUCGCACGUGUACUUUGACACAACCCUUCGUACCUCCCUCCCUCCCGAGAAGGCCGCCUCCUCCGAGUGCCUUCUUCUCUGGCCCGGAGGGUUGCCACGUUUUGGCCAGCGCCAAUCUUGCUUUGGACCUCGGCCUGCAUGUUUUCAUUGAAAAGGUCACAAAAGUGACUUCCGGUCGGUGGUCCAAGUCUACACUAACUUCUUCCUAUUGGAAAUCCAACCUUUGUGCUCGUGUGCUGUUUUGUGUUUGUGUUGACGUUUGAUGAGCCACAAUGACCGCUGCACUUGAUUCUUUCUUCUUCUACUACUUCUUGUAAGGAUGAGGAGCCCCAUUGUGACGUUUGUGUACAAAGGAGAAAUAAAUGUGUUCAUCACUC